GGCCCGGUCCGGCAGGGAGGUCGGUUGGCGUGAGGAAGCGCCUGUGGCACGGGCGGUAGAAAUGAAGAGAAACUACUGGAGAGGCAAAGAAAAGCAUGGAUGGAGCAAUCGCAAGCACAGCUACCAUCCCCGUCGGUACAGAAGACCCAGUCACAAUAACCAUGCUGAAAGCAGGCUGGAACAGGAGGAACCACAGACCCCAGUGAAUGCAGGCCCCAGCAGCAGUGGAAAUCCUUCUUCAUCUAGUUUAACACAGAACUCUGUAGUACCAGAACUGCCGGGAUUUUACUAUGACUCAGAAAAGAAUCGCUAUUUUCGCCUACUGCCUGGACAUAAUAACUACAACCCACUCACCAAGGAGAGCAUUCAGUACAAGGCCAUGGAAUGCAAAAGACUGAGACUCUUAGAAGAGGAAGAAAAACAAAAGAAGAAAACAACCAGGGCUGGACUGAACUCAUCUAUGCUGUUACAGAAAAGGCAGCUGGGUUUGCUCAGUUCCACAAAUUAUUGCAGGCUGGUCCAUGAACUGAAAGUGAACUGCAUGCAGAGGAGGAAGAUAGAAAUUCACAGUCCAGAUUCCUCAGUUGCUGGAACCAACAACUUUAAAAUAAUCGUGGCAGAUGUUGCUUGUGAACGGAUAUUCACUGUGAACGAUGUAGAACAUGGAGGAUGUAAAUAUGGUAUCAUCAACCUCAGUGGUUUGGGGAAGGAGUCUCUCACUGUGGAGAUGUAUGACAACCUCUACUUCACAAACCGCAAAGUGAAUUCUGUGUGCUGGGCAUCAUUGACUCAUCCAGAUUCUCAUGUUUUGCUGUGUCUCAUGGGAAUUGCAGAAACACCAGGCUGUGCCAGUCUGCUUCCAGCAUCGUUAUUCAGCAGCACUAACCCAGGAGACCGACCUGGAAUGCUGUGCAGUUUCAAGAUAUCCACUGCCUGGUCCUGUGCUUGGUGCCUGAAUCCCCAGGCAGACAACUGCUUCAGCACAGGCCUGACAAGACGAGUGCUUGUGACCAAUGUAGUGACAGGGCAUCGGCAGACAUUUGGAACCAGUAGCGAUGUAUUGGCACAACAGUUUGCCACACAGACCCCAAUGCUGUACAAUGGCUGCCGUUCCGGUGAGAUUUUUAGCAUUGAUGUGCGUCAACGCAACCGGAAGGGCCAGAGCUGGAAAGCAAUUCGUUUCUUCCAUGACUCAGCAGUUACAUCUAUUCGCCUUCUUGAGGAUGAACAUUAUCUUAUGGCAGCAGAUAUGGCUGGAAAGAUAAAACUGUGGGACCUGAGAACAGCAAAGUGUGUGAAAGAGUACAAAGGUCAUCACAAUGAGUAUGCUAUUCUCCCUUUGCAUGUAAAUGAGGAGGAAGGGCUUCUUACAGCAGUUGGUCAGGAUUGCUACACCAGAAUUUGGAGUCUCCAAGAUGCUCACCUGCUUAGAACUAUCCCUUCUCCCCACCCAUCCUCCAAAGAUGCCAUUCCUAGUGUGGUGUUUUCUUCAAGACUUGGGGGUAGCCAAGGAGUUCCUGGCUUACUCAUGGCUGUCAAACAGGAUCUCUACCACUUCUCCUAUAACUGACACAAUAUUCUGCUCAGACCUGGUCUGCAAAGCUGCCAGCCUAUACACAACUUGAAAAUUUUUGCACCAGUCACCAUGAUGUUGAGUCACUAUAUGCUGCUGUUGCAUCUGCUUUACCCGUGAAAUUCUGAACCUUCUUCAGCAGGUUCAGCAAAUCUCACUGCAUACAUCUCAGACAUCUUGUAAAUAAAAGCUGAAUGCUUAAUAACUCCUUCA